GUACGUAUUAAAAUCCGUGGUUGCUACGCAGUUAUACGUAUUUAUGGCAACGGACUACAGUUAUAACUCGUGUUUCAUUUACCAAUUAUCAAGUCACUUAUUUCUUCAACAUUUCGUUUGAUUUAUUUAAAUAAUUAGUAGAUUUGAUUUCUAUUAUGAAUCAUAUUCAAAGAUUCUACGAUCGUAUCAACUGUCAUAUCAAGAAUGCAUCAAAGAAUUUUCAAGAUCGUCUUGACCGUCCUGCAGGAUCGUACAAGAUCGAUAACAUCGGUGACUAUCCUUGCGAAUAUAAUCCCAAAGUGCACGGACCGUACAAUCCGGCCCGUUUUUACGGCACACCCGACACGCCGUUUUCGCAACUGAAACUCUGUGAGGUUACCGAUUGGGUGAAGCGCCGCAAUAAAUCACCAAAAGCAAUAGCUGGGUUAUUUUCUCGCGCUUAUUGGAGAUGGUCACACCAAUAUGUACAACCGAAACGUUCAACAGCAGCACCGUUAAUUCAUUACAUUGCCGGUAUGAUGUUAAUAUUUUACAUAAUGAACUAUGGAAAAAUUAUUCGUGAACGCAAUUACAAAUACCACUGAAAAUCACGAUUUUCAGUGCUGUUUGUGGUACAAAACGGUAUAAAAAAAAAAAAAAGAAAACAUUGUAUUAUUAUUUAAAUGUUAACAAUUAUUAAGCAUGUUCAAAAAGGGAUAAAGUUUAGUGAAUAAAAAAAGUUUUUGUUAU